CGAGGGGGCUGAGGAAUCCCACUAGGAGAAAGCGAGAGAUCAAUUAAUUCGAUAGAAAAGAGGAAAAAAAGGAAAGGAAAAGAAGAAGAGGAGAAAAAAAUGGGCGAGUCAUCAUCAGAGUCAUUCUUGAAGAAGUACUGGGAAGGCUACAAAGAAUUCUGGGCAGAACGAUUUCCAUUCACUGAAAUCUAUUCAAGAUUCAUCAAGCGUGAAGAGUCUCUUCCUCCUUGGUCUGAAUCCGAUGUCCAUGAGUUCAUCGCUUCUGAGCCCGUUCAUGGCCCCACCUUGAAGACUGCUAGGAAGGCAACAAACAUUGCCUUAGCAGGAGGUGCUAUUGGAGCAAUAUCAACUGCUGGUUUGGCCUGGAAAUAUUCAAGGAGUUUACAUGGUGCUGGACUGUCUUUCGCAGCAGGAGCUGUCUUUGGUUGGACAUUUGGACAAGAAAUUGCAAACCACUGGUAUCAACUCUACAGGUUGGACACAAUGGCUGCACAGGUCAAAUUUAUGGAGUGGUGGGAAAACAAGUGUCAGAGGCGGUCUUGAACUCAGCGCGAUGUUGAAAGCAGCACCAAGACUUGGUUUCCAUUUGCUUAAUAAUGACAACAUGUUCAAAAUACAAUGUUUGGUUCGAUGCAUGGGCUUUUUGUUAGAAACUUUGCGUUCGAGUUUGACAGAUUAGAAGCAAAUUGAUGGAAGUAGUUGUUUACAAUACAUGUCCUAAUAAAUUGCUUCACUUCCACAAUGGUUGGUAUUAUUAUAAAAUUUUCUUAUCCCUUUGGUCAAA